GACAACAUUACCCGAAACCCACAAGUACGGAGAUGAGUUUGCAAAACCCUUCCCGCAUGGAUAUUAGAUAGGUAUGGGUUGAAUAUUUGAAAACGGAGAUUGAAAAUGAUUUAGACAACUGGCCCAUGGAUUUUGUACUUGCGGGCUGGCAAUAGUAUCAACUAUCAAGUAUCAAGAUGGGCGGAUCGUAGAAAAAAACUUUAGCUUCAGCACAAAAGCCCAACAAACUGAGUUACAUACUUUUGUUGAAACUAGCCGCCGUCGGCUGGUCUCAGGCAGCGCAGAAAUGGCUAGACUGAUACGGCCCUUGCGCCAACAAUGGCCGCAGGUCAAUAACCACCAUUGUUGCCGCUCAAGUCCUUCGCUCCACCAUCUCCUGACCUCUCCAACUUCAACAAUAAGCUGCUGCAGAGCCGCUCCGCAAAUUGUCUGUUUCGCUGCUACCCCUAUCUCCUCUCACCGCAGCGUCCACACUCGCACUCGCGCACGCGGUCCGAGAUUCGCAAACGCUCCGCGGUCGGCCGAUGUCGACGAGAAGGAAGGCGAGAGCGGAGGCAGCGAUUCCGAAUCCGAUGGAAAGAAGAGCCGCAACGAGAAGAAGCGCGAGGCUCGCCGUGCCGUCCGUUGGGGGAUGGAGCUCGCCGCCUUCGCUCCUCCGCAAAUCAAACGGAUUCUCAGGAUGGCUAAGCUUGAACGAGAGGUGUUCGAAGCUUUGACGCUUGUAAAGAAAUUCGGACCAGACGUCAAAGAAGGGAAGCGAAGGCAAUAUAACUAUAUCGGGAAGCUCCUUCGUGAUGUAGAACCUGAGCUAAUGGACGCCUUGAUCCACGCAACCAAGGAUGGGGACUGGAGUAGGCUGCAGACCAUUCCUGGUUUCAAAGCUGAAGAAGCCAAUGACAAAGAAAUCGAAGAUGAAUUCGAAGAGGAAGAAGAGGUUUCUGAGGAGCACAUUGAGAUGUCGACCAGAUGGUUUGAUGGUUUAAUCACAAAUGACGUUGACAUAACCAAAGAAGUUUAUGCAGUUCGCGUGGUUGAUUUUGAUCGUCAGGAGUUGCGGAAACUAGUACGAAAAGUGCAUGCAGUUCGAGAACGGGAAUCUGAUGGAGACGAGGAGAGUGAGAAGAAGGCAGCCGCUGCCAUGGCCACUGCCAAGAAGUCGCUCAACAGGUUCCUUCGUAUCCUUGCCAAGCAGAUGCCUACUGAUACUGAAUCCAAUGCUAUUGAGUUUUAAUAAGAAAAAUAUGAUUAUUUCAUCAUUGGGCAAGUUUGGGUAAAUGCUCUAUUGGGUGAUGUGAUGGGCUGCACUAGGACUUCAGGCCCAAUGGUCUACGGGCUUGGGCAUGGUCAUGGGCCUGGAAGUCCGUAUUUGCCUUCUAAGCCUUGAAGACCACUUAAUUUGCACUGUGCCAAUGUACCACCAACAAAAGAAAAACCGCUGCCCUUGGAGAGGGACGUUAGCUUGGACCCGAUCCAUUCGUCCCUUUAUCACCCAUUCACCAUUUAUUUGUAUUUUUCCUUCAAUAGUUUCAAUAUAUGUAUCGUUAAGAUCAAACCUUAAUUUAGUUUUAUAGUCUCGCGUACUCAUUUAUUCAUAAAUUACUUAACCUUGUAUUUCCAUAUAUUAUGGUCUUUAACAGUGAUAUAGGUUUGUUUUUAAAGUUAGUUGUUGGUUAAGAAAUUCGAAUCUUAAACCUUCAAGUUGAAGAGUAGUGGUAGUAUCACUAGACUAAACCUUGUUCGUAUAUAUUAUGGUCACGUUCUCAUGUUACAAUGGAUAUAUUAGGGUUUGUAGGGUAUCACUGUUCUGCCUAGGGUUGCUCACGGGCGAUCGGCGUUCAAUUCGGAAAAAUUCAUUUUUGGCUCGUUUACUAAUGAGCUAACGAGCCACCUCGACUAGCGGUCUAUGAGUGAAUCGACUUAUAGCUUACGAGUUAGCUUGUUGAUAAUUCAUAGGUUUGUUAGAUUAUGUAUCUCAUUACAUGUUGUGUUUAAGACUUUGAGUACGUGACUGAAUAUGUCGCGAUUAUAAUUGGAAAGUGAAACUAGGUAUCAUAGAUUAUCUAAAUACAAAUUACUCUUAAAUAACAUUUUAUGAACAAUUAAAACUUGUGAGGCUAAAUAAUAUGAUAUACGAGCUCGAGCCGAUCUAGCGAGCUAAUUGAUUGGUUGAACUCGAUUAGAGCUCAUGAGCUUAUUAAUGAGUCGAGUUGGAGUCGGACACGACUAAGGUUUCACUAGAGCUCAAAUUAGAUCAAAAUUCGGUUGGAAUUGACUCAUCCAGCGCUCUAGUUCUGUCCACAUCACAACCGAUUGUAUUUUUAUCCUUGGAUAAUGCAAAUAUUUCGUGGCUGUGAAGCAUUUGGACGUGCGUAUGUGAAUCCAGAGGCGGUUCCAAAUUGAAUCAGUUUUGUAUUUGAUUGAGAUUGGAUGAUGUUUGCGGCCGAAAUGAAAACGAGCUCGCUCCAUAAGCGGUGACGUCGCAGCCCCAAGCCAUUUUAAGGCCUGAUUUGCCGGACACAGACAAGGUUUAGUAGGUUCAGAAGAGACACAUGACGAUGCAAAACCGCUGAUGCAACUGACAGUAACAAGCGUGUUUUGUCGACAAAGACAAGAGGGCGGUUGAAUUAUGUGGAUCAAAUUAUCCCUCGUUUCUUCAAUAAUGCAAAUUUAGAAGAAAGUAAAGUAAACUUUAAUUUUCCUUGUUGGUUUUUAGCAUCAGCUGAUGCUAUCGUAUCAUCAUCAUUCUCUCUGGAUUUUCCAUAAAUAUGGAUUGUUAUAUCUUCUUCCACGGGAAGGCUAGCAUAGCACUAUGAUGGAAUGCAAAUCACAUUAUUAUUUGGUCCCAUCUCUUUCGUCUAGGUAACACUAGUCAUCAUGAAACGAUACCAUCAAUUGCAUUUUUUGGGCAAUUUGAUUGUUCCACACGCAUAAGUUGCUUAGAAUAUGACAAAUACAUAAACCAGUAUACUCGAUUAACAAAAUAGGUAUUACAUGUAGGGCUGUCAAUUUGGUCUAGGACUGUUUGGUUUUACCCGAAACUGGACCGGGACCGGAUAGCAAACAAUUCAAUCUCAUAUUCGGGCUUAGAUUUUAGGUAAAAAACCCGGAUAAAGACCGGAUAAGAGA